CCAGUUUGAUGCUAGCCUGCCUAUCCAUGGGGCGAUCGCCGUGCUGCGACAAGGCGGCGGUGAAGCGCGGUCCCUGGUCGGAGGAGGAGGACGCGCGGCUGCGGUCCUACAUCGAGCAGCACGGCGGCGCCGUCGCCGGCGGCUGGAUGGCGCUGCCGCGCAAGGCCGGGCUGCGGCGCUGCGGCAAGAGCUGCCGCCUGCGGUGGCUCAACUACCUCCGCCCGGGCGUCCGCCACGGCGGCUUCUCCCCGGAGGAGGACCGCGCCAUCUGCGCGCUCUACGCCGCCGUCGGCAGCAGGUGGUCCCUCAUCGCCGCCUACCUGCCGGGCAGGACCGACAACGCCGUCAAGAACUACUGGAACACGCGCCUCAAGAAGAAGCUGCUCUCAUUCUCAUUCGAAGGCGAGCCGUGCAACGCCGUCGGCCGGAAUGCGGCACCUCCAGUAGCGUCUCCUAUGGCGCCUUGGACUGCCCUGCCAUAUACAUGUUACGGCGGCGGCGGUGGCGUUGAUCAGAUGCGCGUCGUUGGUGCCGGAGGCGGCACAACAGACAACGUGAUCGCCAGCACGAAUAGCGCCGCCGUCGUGAGCCAACCGGCAGAUGCAAGCUACUCGAGUGAACCAAUGGCGGCGGCGACAGAGCUCGACGAGAUCUUCCGGUCCAUGGGCACUACCGGCGGCGAGCACUCUGAUCUGUCUCAGAGCAGCACGGAGACUGAGACGAGUUGGUAUCAAUACUGUCAGCAUGCUGGUGAAAGCGUGCUACAGCAGCAUCUAGAAAUGCCGUACUUGUACUGGUGAUCCAUGUAAGCGAAAUAAGCGUAUUUGGAGGCUUUUGGAACGAACGAAUGAGGAGGUUUUUGUUGUUGUGUUCUUCUGGUUUAUCCAACUAGCAGCUACUGGGUCGUUGACCCAAAAAAAUUUCUGUCAACUGGUGCACUGUGAUUUGUUGUCGAAUUAACAAUC